UGACCAGCGGCUUCAUGCACUCUCAGCCACACCCAAUAUCGAGUGCUAAUUCCCGAGUGUUCACUCUCCUCGCCGCUCGUCCUAACCUUCCCUGACGUGACUCUUUCGUCCUCAAGGCGGCUUCGUAAUCUCCUGACCACGCGCAAUUGCAUCACAAGUCCCUGGUCUCGGCAAUUCUGGCCCGAUAUCAACCCAUCCCCUAUCUCGAUGAUCUCCCUAACAAUAUAGAGUCCUCCGCUCCCUCGAGCGGCCAUGACCAUCAUGUCUGAACAGACGCGCAGAAAGACACGCGUAGUCUCCGUCGUCGCCGCCACGGCCAUCUCUUUGGCAUGUGGGACAAACUAUGCCUACUCGGCAUGGGCACCCCAGUUCGCCGAGAAGCUGCAGCUCUCUGCGACGCAGAGCAAUAUCAUUGGCACGUCCGCCAACAUUGGCAUGUAUGCCUCGGGGAUUCCCAUGGGUUUGAUCACGGACAGGAAGAGCCCUCGUCUGGCCGCUGUGAUAGGCAUGUUUGCUCUGGCGAUUGGAUAUUUCCCAAUUCAUACCGCUUUCCAGAAGGGCGCCGGUUCGAUGAGCGUAGCGUUGAUAUCCUUUUGCUCUUUUUUGACGGGUGUAGGCAGCUGUGCUGCAUUUCAAGGGGCUCUGAAGACAGCCACCCUUAACUGGCCACAACACCGCGGGACGGCAACGGCCUUUCCACUGGCUGCCUUUGGCUUGAGCGCAUUCUUCUAUACUGUCAUAUCUGGAAUUGCCUUCCCCGGAAAUACUUCCGGAUACCUGCUCCUUCUUUCUUUGGGUACUUCCCUUCUUGUACUAGUGUCGAUACCCUUCCUCCAUGUUGUCGACCACCCCUCGGCCUACUCAGCACUUCCCACUACCGAACGACCUCGACGAGACUCCAAUCUCCUCCACAGAACAAAAUCCAAUGGAAGCAAACACAGCAGCUCCUCGAUUCCCCAACCAGAGCCAACAGACAGUGACGAACAAGAUGGUGAUGCAGACGAGAAUUCUUCUCUCAUGUCAGGGCCAGGGGACAUCCCGCCCGAAGAUGAAGCUAGGAGCCAUUCGGCACAGAACUCACAGUGGCUAGAUGUUACUGGCUUGGCCUUACUCUACAAGAUUGAAUUUUGGCAUCUCUGGACUGUCAUGGGUCUGUUGACAGGUGUGGGGUUGAUGACAAUCAACAACAUCGGCCAUGACGUCCAAGCCCUGUGGAAUCACUACGACGACACGGCGAACAAAGACUUUGUUGCUCAUCGUCAGCUCAUGCAUGUCUCCAUCAUCUCUGUUUGUAGUUUCCUCGGACGACUGUCGUCCGGCAUUGGAUCCGACAUUAUCGUCAAGAAACUCCACGGCUCGCGAUUCUGGUGUGCUGCCGUUUCAGCAACAGUUUUCAUGUUGGGCCAAGUAGCCGCCAUCCAGAUCGAGAACCCCAACCUCCUCUGGGCUGUCUCUGGACUGUCUGGCCUGGCGUACGGAAUUCUGUUUGGCGUAUUCCCAACACUCGUCGCAGAUGCAUUUGGCGCCGGGGGGUUUGCAGUCAACUGGGGAUUCAUGACGCUGGCGCCUGUCACGAGCGGAAACAUCUACAACCUAUGCUACGGCGCGAUAUAUGACGCUCAUUCAGAGGUCCAGCCCAGCGGGGAACGAAGCUGUUCCGAGGGGCUGAACUGCUACAAAGCGGCCUACUAUGUGACCUUCGCAUCUAGCUUUCUAGGCAUUCUAGCGUGUCUGUGGGGGAUCCAUCACGAGCACGUAUUGAAACGGAGAGACGAGGUAGAGCAUCAGGGACAUCGCGAUGCCUGAGGCUCGUCGUUGGGAUAUUCUAUCAAGACCUUCGCAUUCGUUUUUGGCGUUUUGGAGGAUGCCUGGAAAUUAUCUAGAGAUAGACAGCAUUAGGGACGACGGGAAUUUACUUUCAGAAUUCAGCCUCGGUUCAGCCCCCC